UAGAGCGCAGGCUCAGUAGUUGUGGAGCGCGGGCUUAGUUGCUCCGCGGCAUGUGGGAUCUUCCCGGACGAGGGAUUAUCUAACAUUUUUGAAAGGACGGUUUUAGGCUAGUGGCUGGGGGGCAGAAGGGAAGUGGGUAUGGUUGCAGAAGGGCAGUGGGAGGGAUCCUUGCGUUGGAACUGUUCAGAAUCUUGACACUUGGUAGUUACAGGAACAUACACCAGUGAUUAAAUCGUAUGGAACUUAAUAGUUACACACAAAAGAGUACAAGUAGAAUGGGAACUCUGAACCAGAUCUGUGGGUUAUAUCAACAUUGUGGUGUUAUAAUGUCGUCUUACGAGAUGUUACCACUGAGGGAAACUGGGCAAAGUGUACAAGGGAUCUUGGUAUUAUUUCUUACAACUGCACUUGGAUUUACAGUGAUCUCAACAAAAAUGUCAAUAGCUAGAAAAAGCACUAGCCCAUGAAAUCGGAAUGUGGGCUCGGUGAAAAGUCAAGAAGAAGGAUGGAAAGGAGUUACACGGCGGCGCUGCCUUUAUCUCUGUCUUGUUUAGUUUCUUUCUUGUUUAGUUUCUUGUUUCUUAGUUUCUUAGUCUUGUUUCUUGGUUCUUUGUUUAGUUUCUUUCUGGUUUAGCUUCUGGGGGAAGCUGCCUGGUUGUGCCCCUGCGGGCAGAUACUUCUGCUCCCGGUCAGGUGACUGGAGCGGGAGAAAGGUGGGCGUGGCUGCCCCAGGAAGAUGGUCUCUGGCCAGAAAGGACAGGGCAGGUGCAAAGUUUGUGGGAUCAAAGAGACUGGCUGGGUUUGGGGGUGCUGCUCUGUUACACAAUCUUGGAGCCCAUCUGAGAUGGAAUUCUCUGGUUGGAAUUACAAAAGAGGUUGUGCCCUGGGGGAGCAUUGAACUGAGGGCUGGGAGAGGGUGAGACCGGGAGGGCCUAAACUUGGAUCUGCCUUGGUAUCGGUAUCAGGUAUAGCAGGUGGCCGGGCUGGCUGACACCAGAGAGCUUGGGGGGCUAUCAGCAGAUCGCUGGGGUGUGGACUGAGCAUUCUCUCCCCUUCUAGGGGUGGACACCGGUCUGGAAAGUUGCCUGGGUCCUGGCACCUGCCUUGGGUAGGCUACGUAAUUCUGGCUAGGAAGAGAGAAGUCCUUCCUCCCAUCAAUCAGUCAGGUUCUAACCCUGCGCAAGGUCAAGGGAAGGGGGUAUGGGGUAGAGAAGCAGUACAAAGAGGAAAGUGGGGCAGCCUGACUUCCUAGGACUGCCUGUCUGCCCUCUGUGGCUGGGGGCUAUCAUUGAUGCCAAGGGUCUGAGGGAGGUGAGGUCCCAGCGAGAAAGACUGUGGACCAGGGUGGUCCUUGGGCACUUCCUAGAGGGGCUCGGCCCUGGGCUGUGUCCUCAGGGACAGGCUGGGCUUGGGAGGUGGUGACAGGAGCAGAGCCUUUCAGAGUGGCAGGAUGGUGCCUGCUUCCUUACAGCCUUGGGGGCCUCCUGGCUGGGGUCAAGGUUAGCACCCCCAGACCAGUGUUGAAGGGGUGGAAAUCCACCAACUCCAACCCCUCAUAAAAGAAAGAAGAGGCUUGUAUCCACGGAGUCCAGUUGCAGGUGGUGUGGUACCAGUGCCACAGUGGUAUGGGCGGGGGCGGGGGGUGGCCCUGGGCAGUGCCAGGUAUCGGGAGGGGACACGGACAUGAAACCUGCAGGAGCUUGACGCUGGCUGGCAGAGAACCACCCGGUCCCGGGCCAAGAGUGCCCGCGUUGGCUGAGUCAGCCCCCUGGGACUCUCCGUCCUGCUCUGACCAGGUGUGCAGUUUUGGGUUAUUUAGUUUCAUUCAGUGGGAGCUGUUGGCUCUCGGUCAGCUUUCUGUUCUCCUUAGACUCACAGAUCUGCAGGUAAUUCUGGAUCCUCCUUAAGGCCCCACAGCCUCACCCAUUUUCCGGCAGGUCCUUCUUCAGGUGGGGCAGCUGAGGACAGUGACGAGGUUGAAGGGGAAGGGUGAGAGGGUCAAGCAACGAGAAGGCAGAGGGUUUGGGGAGUCCAUCACCAGCUGACCGGCCUUGGCUGGCAGUGUGCGUCUGCAGAAAUCCACUGGCAGCCUCCGGGGCUUCUAGAUGGUGCUAAUAACCUAUCGUGGGGAGAUCCUGGGCGCAGAAGCCAAGUCCAGCCCCUUGCGCAGGUACCUCGCAUCCCAGGCGGUUGCUUAAAAUAGGCUGACUGAAACUGACACGACCCAGCUGGCUCCUCUCGCUGUGGUGGGCGGUGGGUGAGCCGGGCCAGCAGCCUCCUGGGAAUGGUAGGCGGCAGUGUAUUCUCACAGGCUGGUUCCCAAGAAUGACCUGGGACGCAGGUUAGACGUGCGGACCCCAGGGCCCUGCUCCUGCCCUGCUGCAUUAGGAUCUCCCGGGAGAGGGGCCGGGGAAUGUGGAUGCGGAGCAAGCGCUGUGCUUCUUUUAUUGAUUUUUUAUCGUUAUUUUUCAUGGCUAGGCAAGUGUGGAGUAUGCUGGGCUGGUGCCGUCAACGGGAGCUUCCUGUUUCUUGAGAAUCUGGCUUCUUGUGGGAUCAGAUGCCCCGGGCUGGUGAGCGGGUGGAUUCCGACAUGGGUUUCUUUUCCCUUCUCCUUUGUUGCUUCGAUCGUCCUGUGAUGAGCAUAUCAAGUGUCCCUUCUGUGCCCAUCAUUUUGCUGGGCCAGGACUGCAGUGGCCACAGGCUAGGUGAAGUCCCCACCCUUGGGAACCUGCAUAUUGGCCGCACGCUGCCCACAGCCUCUUGGAUUUUUUGUGGGUGCUGACUUAACUGGAGAGAGUCCAUCAAAGUACAGGGUCCCUUCAUAGCCAGCAGCUUGAAGAAGGGGCCUUUCUCCAGUUUCACCCCUGGUAUCUCAGUGCUACGUGUUGUACUGUUCUCAGCAUCUCCCAGGAUGACAAAUGCAGUGUUAAGUUUUGGAAUACACUCCUUGCUCUGUCGUCUCCGGUGGCCUUGAGCCCAUGCUGAGUUUCUGGGGACCCUGGCCAGGAUCUGAUUGGAACUGGCAUUGGGGAGCGGCCACGAGAGUCACGCCGGCUUUGUCUUUCCUCUUGGAAAGAAAAGCAUCUUCGCAGUGCCAUGGAAUUGGCCCUCACCUUGGAAACCCGCUGCAGGUGCUGAGACUGUGCUUUCUUGCUGGAACCAUCUCAGGGGUAUUUUAUGGUCCUCACGACCACGGUGGCGGGAUGACAUCAUCAUGGAAUUGAAAUCCAUCCCAGCUGGUGGUGGGUACACCGAGUCACGGAACUGGUGAGCGAAGAGCGCCUGCCACCAGUCCACGGCAGAGUUGGGAGUGGCACAUGAAGCCAGCCACCCUCGUCUUCGUCUCAGGUCGGUGUCUCCAGCCAGUGACAUCACCUCUGCCCCUUGACCUUGAUCCUCAGCUGCAGAAGCACAUCACCAGACGUCACGUGAGGGCCUUUCGGGGCCCCUCCCAGGACUCUCGGCCACCUCUUCAGUCUUCAGCUUCAUCCCCUGCCUUCCCGGCAAAUCACACCCAACCUUGGCCAAAUGAGGAACAGUCUUUAAAAGGAGAGCCUGGCAUGAAGAUUUAUUUCUUCUCCCUCUGCUUCGACUGAAAUCUCGUGCAGAUUUUUAUAUCAACAUGAAUGGCUUUGAGGAAGGCGUGGAGUUCCUGCCGGCCAACAACGCCAGGAAGGUGGAGAAGGGCGGCCCGCGGCGGUGGGUGGUGCCCGUAGCCGUGCUGGCUGGCCUCCUGGUGCUGUCCCUCAUGGCGGGGCUCCUGGCGUGGCACUUCCAGUACCGGAACGUGCGGGUUCAGAAGGUCUUCAAUGGCUACCUGAGGAUCACGAACGAGAACUUCCUGGAUGCCUAUGAGAACUCCAGCUCCACUGAGUUUGCAAACCUGGCCAAGAAGGUGAAGGAAGCGCUGAAGCUCUUAUACAGCGGGAUCCCUGUCCUGGGCCCCUACUACAGGAAGUCAGCUGUGACCGCCUUCAGCGAGGGCAGCAUCAUCGCCUACUACUGGUCGGAGUUCAGCAUCCCCCAGUACCUGGUGCAGGAGGCCGAGCAGGCCAUGGCGCAGGAACACGUGGUCACGCUGCCGCCCCGAGCCCGCGCCGUGAGCUCCUUCGUGCUGACCUCAGUGGUGGCCUUCCCCACUGACCCCAGAACAGUACAGAGCACCCAGGACAACAGCUGCAGCUUUGCCCUGCAUGCCCGUGGCAGCGAGCCGACCCGCUUCACCACGCCCGGCUUCCCCGACAGCCCCUACCCGUCUCAUGCCCGCUGCCAGUGGACCCUGCGGGGGGACGCUGACUCCACACUGAGCCUCACCUUCCGCAGCUUCGAUGUCGCGACCUGUGAUGAAAGUGGCAGUGACCUGGUCACUGUGUAUGACACCCUGAGCCCCGUGGAACCCCGGGCUGUGGUGCAGCUGUGUGGCUCAUACCCUCCCUCCUACAACCUGACCUUCCUCUCCUCCCAGAACGUCCUGCUCGUCACGCUGGUGACCAACACCGAGCGCCGACACCCCGGCUUCGAGGCCACGGUCUUCCAGUUGCCUCGGAUGAGCAGCUGUGGAGGCGACUUGCAUGCAGCCCAGGGCACAUUUAGCAGCCCCUACCAUCCAGCCCACUACCCGCCCAACAUCAACUGCACCUGGAACAUCGAGGUGCCCGACAACCAAAAUGUGAAGGUGCACUUCAAAGCCUUCUUCUUGCUGGAGCCCAACGUCCCUCUGGGCUCCUGCUCCAAGGACUACGUGGAGAUCAACGGGGAGAGGUACUGUGGCGAGAGGCCCCAGUUUGUCGUGAGCAGCGGCAGCAGCAAGAUCACCGUCCACUUCCACUCGGACCAGUCCUACACGGACACCGGGUUCCUGGCCGAGUACCUGUCCUACGACGCCAGUGACCCGUGCCCGGGCAGGUUCAUGUGUAACACAGGGCGGUGUAUCCAGGAGGAGCUGCGCUGUGACGGCUGGGCUGACUGCACCGACCACAGCGACGAGCUCCACUGCCAAUGCAACGCCACCUACCAGUUCACGUGCACAGACAAGCUCUGCAAGCCCCUCUUCUGGGUCUGUGACUCCGUGAAGGACUGCGAGGACGGCAGUGAUGAGCAGGGCUGCAGCUGCCCGCCCGAGACCUUCAAGUGUAACAACGGGAAGUGCCUCCCGCAGAGCCAGCAGUGUGACGGGAAGGACAACUGUGGGGAUGGGUCCGAUGAGGCCAAGUGCGACCACGUGAGCACCGUCACCUGCACCAAACACACCUACCGCUGCCUCGACGGGCUCUGUGUGAGCAAGGGCAACCCCGAGUGUGACGGGAAGAAGGACUGUAUCGAUGGCUCGGAUGAGAAGGACUGUGGUGAGCAGGGCUGCCGCAUACAGUUGUGCAGGUUGUUCACUGUGAAGGGCGCGUACGGAGACUGUGGGCUGCGGUCAUUCUCCAGGCAGUCUCGGGUUGUCGGGGGUGAGAACGCGGACGAAGGUGAGUGGCCCUGGCAGGUGAGCCUCCAUGCCCGGGGCCAGGGCCACGUGUGUGGGGCUUCCCUCAUCUCCCCCAGCUGGAUGGUGUCUGCCGCCCACUGCUUUGUCAACCACAGAGGAUUCAGGUACUCUGACCACAGCAUGUGGACCGCCUUCCUGGGCCUGCACGACCAGAGCAAGCGCAGCGCCCCCGGGGUGCAGGAGCGCCGGCUGCAGCGCGUCAUCUCCCACCCCUUCUUCAACGACUUCACCUUUGACUACGACAUCGCGCUGCUGCAGCUGGAGCAGCCGGCCGAGUACAGUGCUACCGUGCGGCCCAUCUGCCUGCCGGACGCCGCGCAUGCCUUCCCCGCCGGCAAGGCCAUCUGGGUCACCGGCUGGGGCCACACGCAGGAGGGAGGCACCAGGGCGCUGAUCCUGCAGAAGGGCGAGAUCCGCGUCAUCAACCAGACCACGUGCGAGCGCCUGCUGCCGCAGCAGAUCACCGCGCGCAUGAUGUGCGUGGGCUACCUCAGCGGCGGCGUGGACGCCUGCCAGGGCGAUUCCGGGGGCCCGCUGUCCAGCCCGGAGGCCGAUGGGCGGAUGUUCCAGGCCGGCGUGGUGAGCUGGGGCGACGGCUGCGCGCAGAGGGACAAGCCAGGCGUGUACACGAGGCUCUCCGUGUUUCGGGACUGGAUUAAACAGCAGACCGGGGUGUAGCGGCGAGGUGCCACCCCAGGUGCGCACGUGCGGGCUGAGGACGGGAUUGCUGCCCGGACCCCCGGCUUGGCCCCCGGAACCCAGACUGGGACCUGAUCCCCGAGUCUCUGGAGAUGGCGACUCGCCCGCAGGCCUCUCACCCACCCCACACCCCCAGCUUCCCAAGCGCGUUCGGGGAGGGGAGGGGAGGACGCCUGGCAGUGCCAGGCCGGAGGUUUGAAGACACAGCCUUUCGGCCCUGGCGCCACGCUGGGCCGGAGGCUCUUUUCCUCGGAUACAGGGAAGGCUGGCUUCGUCUGCCUCAGAUAUAGGACCAGCUCUUGUUUGGACUUUGGGGCCCCUUGGGCGGGGCUGGUGGGACACCACGGGCUCCCAGGGUCUCCUGCUUCAGGAAAUCCAGGCCUGAGGGACCUGGAAGUCAGCCGGGUCCAAGGUUCGAAUGUUUUGCCGGCUCCCAGGGCGGGGUUCAGUGUGUAUAUUUGUGUGUAUGAGUAAAACACUUUAUUUCUUUUUA